AUGGAUGUAGAUAAUAUUCUCCGGUCCUUAGGAAAAUACGGCAGAUACCAAGUAUUACAGCUGGUUUAUAAUCUGUUCUGUAUGCCACUAAUGACAUAUUCUGUUGUUAUCUAUGUUUUUGUUGGUCACAUUCCUGAAUUUAAAUGCAAGAUGUCACGCGAAAACCUGACAAAGAAUUUCAACGAGACCCAUCGGUCAUAUAACGUCACGGUACAUUCGCGUCAAUGUAACGUCAUCCUUGAAACAAACAGGUCCGGUAUUCUUACACAGGAAUCUAUUCCAUGUCAAGAUGGAUACGAAUUUUUUGGACAGGAAACCACUGCAUCAGAAUGGAAUCUUGUGUGUGGAGCUGAAAGUCUUGGCGGUAUGUCCACCACCAUGACGGUCAUUGGUCAGAUGAUAGGAGCUGCAUUGUUUUCCACCCUGGCAGAUAAAUAUGGUCGCCUGUUGAUCUCCUACACAAACUUUAUCGCGUUGGCUUUGUGUUACGUCAUAGCUGCAGUUGUUCCUUGGUUUAGUGCCUUCGUCAUCCUUAGAUUAUUAAUUGGAGCUUUUUCUGAGGGAGCUUUAAUGACAAUGGGAACACUAGCUUUAGAAAUGUUCCCUGCCGAGUCACGUGGUUUUAUUAACUAUUUGGAUAGCAUAGCCUCUACUUUCUCCAUCACAUCAAUAUCCCUAGUAGCCUACCUUCUCCGCAACGAAUCGUGGAGGUAUACCAUGUUGGGUGCCGGUAUAAUUGGAGUUCACAGUCUUGCUACACGCUGGAUACUACAAGAAUCUCUUCGUUGGCUUAUCGUGAAUGGCAGAUAUGAGGAGGCAAAGCAGUGGAUAAAACGAGCUUCCAGAUGGAACAAGAUGGAUCCCUCCAGAAUUCUGGCAAAGUUUGACUCUGAAGUACAGAGUAGGGAACAGACAAUGCUAGUGGAUGAAAACACUGAGCUUACUAAAUCAGAGGUUAAUGGUGAGCACACCAGAACAGUGAGGUUUCAUUCAUAUAGGAUGAAAGAGAAAUUGUCUGUAUUGGAUAUUUUCAGGCACAAACAAAUGCUACGGACUUCCAUGAUUCUCUGGGUAGUGUGGUUUGUAAACAGUAUGACGUAUUAUGGACUGUUUCUUCUAUCUGGUACCAUGAGUGGAAAUAUGUACUUGAAUUUCUUCUUAAACGGCAUUGUAGAAAUACCGGGUAUAUUUCUCUUUUGGUUUUUCAUCAACAGAUAUGGUAGAAGGAAAACUUGUGUCAUGUUUCAUGCUAUAGCUGGUGUAAGCCUCAUUUUGGCCGCAGUUCUCAACUUUGUUGGAGAUACACCAGUACUAAAAGGGUUGGCCUCCGCCAUGAUUUUUAUCGGAAAGUCUAUGAUAACAGGCUCCUAUACGACAAUAUUUAUAUACACUCCAGAGAUGUACCCUACCAAUCUAAGGGCACUCAGUAUUGGAAUGGGGUCAGCUGCAGGGAGAAUAGGAGGAAUGGUAUCGUCAUUUGCAGCUUUGUUUGGUACCUAUGUACCAUGGGGACCUGGUGUCGUGUUCGGUUCUUUGUCACUCCUGGUAACGAUUUUGUUCCAAUGGUUACCAGAAACAACUGGGAAACAGCUUCCAAAUACUCUCCAGGAAGCCAUGAGUUUCUCUGCCCUGAAAGACAAUAAGAAAAAAGACGGCAGUGAUUGCUGUCGAGGAAAAUAUCUAGAAUACAAUGAACGAUAUAUUUGA